AUGCGCCCAUGCCGACGCUUUCAUAGCGCGCGCUCUUUCACAGGAAUUGCCCAAGCCCGGCACUGCGUUCGCCAUCCUCCGCAAUGUCGAUCGUUUGCCUCAACCACCCUGCGCCCGCAGAACCACGAUCCACGUAUCCGUGAGCUAGGACGCGAGAUAUCAGACGACUACGCAGCGAUCCGCGACAGUUAUCAAACACCAAAGUACCCCAUCGUCCUCGCGCAUGGCCUCCUGGGCUUCUCUGAGCUGCAGCUCACGCCUCUCCUCCCCUCGGUCCAAUACUGGCGCGGCAUCCGCGACGCCCUCGCCCUUCAGGGCGCCCAUGUCAUCUGCGCCUCCGUGCCGCCGUCCUCCUCCAUCGAAGACCGCGCCAAGAAACUCCGCGAGGACAUUGACGCGGCCGCGCGCACCACACGCGACGGCAGAGUCAACAUCAUCGCGCACUCCAUGGGCGGCCUGGACGCCCGCUACAUGAUCUCGCAUCUCCCUCCCAAGUACGUCGACAUUGCGAGCUUGGUCACAGUCGCGAGCCCCCACCGAGGGAGCUCAUUCGCAGACGUGCUCCUGCAAGAGGACGGCCAGGCUAUGGUCCAUCUGCCCAAGCUCUACGGGUUGAUUGAGCGGUUCGGUCUCGGCACCGCCGCUUUCGCGCAACUGACAACGUCGCACAUGACAAAGGUCUUCAACCCCGCGACACCCGACUCGGCCUCGACACGAUACUUUUCAUAUGGGGCGUCGACCACAGAACCACCCUUGCUGAGCCCGUUCCGGCAGUCGUGGCACGCCAUCACCAAGGCCCAGGGCGCAAACGACGGACUGGUUGCCGUUGACAGCAGCCGUUGGGGCGAUUACAAGGGCACAUUGGUGGGUGUCAGUCAUCUUGAUCUGAUCAACUGGUCGAACCAGGUCAAGUGGAUGGUGAGGGAGUGGAUGGGGAUGAAGAGGACCUUCAACGCGAUUGCGUUCUACUUAGACAUUGCGGACAUGUUGGCAAAGGAGGGCCUAUAG